AUGGCAAACCAAUCAAGAGUGACCGAAUUCCUGCUUAAUGGAUUCCCAGACAUUCAGGAGCUGAAGAUAUUUCACAUCAUGGUUUUUCUAAUACUCUACUUGGUGGCCUUCACAGAGAACUUGAUCAUCAUCACAGUCAUCAUUUGUAGCCAUCAGCUCCAUACACCCAUGUACUUCUUCCUGUCCAACCUCUCAUUCCAAGACUUCAGCUCCAUAUCUGUCACUGUUCCCAAGCUUGUAACUAACUCCUUGAUGGACACCCAAGUCAUCUCUUACUCUGGAUGUGUCUGCCAAGUCUUCUUCCUUGUUUUCUUCAUGUGCUCCCACUUUUUCCUCCUUGGUGUCAUGGCAUACGAUCGCUACGUUGCCAUCUGCAAUCCAUUUCAUUAUCAAGUUGUGGUCAAUAGGAAAUUCUGCAUCCAACUGGCAACCAGUGCAUGGAUUGGUGGUCUUUUCUAUGCAACACUAUAUACUGGAAACACAUUCACGGUGAGGUUCUGUACUGAUACAGUCAACCAGUUCUUUUGUGAAAUUCCACAACUCCUCAAGAUCUCUUGCUCAGACCCAUAUUUUCCUGAAGUAGGAGUGAUGACAUUUGGUGCUUGUUUAGGUUUCUUUUAUUUUCUGCUUAUUCCUUUUUCUUAUAUUCAGAUCUUCAGGGCUGUUCUAAGAAUCCCAUCUACACAAGGGAGGCAGAAAGCAUUUUCAACUUGCUUGCCACAUCUUGUUGUCAUCUCCUUGUUUGUUGUGAGUAGUACUUUUGUGUAUUUGAAGCCAACCUCCACUUCUGCAUCAGUGUUAGAUCUCCUGGUGUCCAUACUGUACUGCAUUGUGCCACCGGUGAUGAACCCAGUGAUUUAUACCAUGAGGAACAAAGAACUCAAAAGAGCAUUUUGUAAGCUGAUUGUCAACGUUUUGCCUAAAGUUUUUCACAAGACAUUAACUGUGCUAGUAUUCUAG